AAAAAAAAAACAGUUUUAUUAUUAAUAAAUAUAAUAUUCUGUUUCUCUGCAGCCUAUUUAAUUAAACCUAGCUACCAGUGAUGCCAUUCCUUCUUCCUCUUAUGUCAUCACAACCUUAAUAAACCAUAACCAAGAAAAGAAACUACUACCUCUCUCUCUCUUCUCUCUCACACACACAAACACACACUAUACACAAACACACACAUGGCAGGAGAAUCAUCAAAUCUGAGAAUCACAGUACAAAGCAACCCUUCAGAGUCUCAACUUUCUGAACUCGGCAUCAAAUCUUGGCCCAAAUGGGGUUGCCCACCUGGGAAAUACGAGCUGAAAUUCGACGCUCAAGAGACGUGCUACUUGGUGCGUGGGAGAGUGAAGGUUUACCCUAAAAACGCCGACCAACAGUCGCCGGCGGCGGAAGUUGUGGAGUUCGGCGCCGGAGAUCUGGUCGUCCUCCCAAAGGGACUCAGCUGCACUUGGGAUGUAUCUAUUGCCGUCGAUAAACACUACAAGUUUCAUGCUUCUUCUCCUUCUUCUUCGUCUUCCUCAUAAUUAAUCAUUAGUAGAUUCAAGAAUGUAACAGUACUUCAAUUAAUUAAUUAUUCUUUUCAUAUAUCGCCUGAUAAAAUUCAUUAGGACCCAAAAAAAAAAAAGACAGCUUCUACCCUUUUAUGUAUUAUAAUUAAUUCUUCUUUUUUUUU